AAUCAUUUUAAUUAAAAUAAAUUUAAAUUCAGAAAAAAAAAAAAAAUACACCGUACAUCAUGGGCUGUUCGCUCAAAAUGUUUUAAGAGUUAAAUCCUUUCGAAAGCAUUUCUAGAUGGGCAUGUGCAAGUGAGUUACAGCAAAGGCAUGACAUCAUUCUGUUUGUAAGUUAUUUAUUUAUUUAUUUUAUAUAUAUCUUGCCCACCACGCGGUUCCACCCCUAUCACCUUGAACAGCCCCACAGGCAUCUGUCCCUGCAUAGAUAAUCUCAGAAAACUAGGUGAUUAGGAAAAGAUGUGUACUCCGGCCGCCCCAGAGAAAAUGGCAGAGCUCGUGUUCAUCCCGUCGGCGGGAAUGGGCCACUUGGUGUCAAUAGUGGAGAUGGCAAAGCUCCUCGCUGCUAGAAACAGGGACUUCUCCAUCACCAUCCUGGUCAUGAAGUUGCCCUUCGACUCCAUAGGAAGCGCCCACCUUGAUUCCCUCGCCGCCUCCCUCCCCGCCGGACGCAUACGCUUCCUCAACCUCCCUUACGACGAUCACUCCCUCGCUCACCUCGCUUCCGCCACCUCCACCCGCAGAAUCCUCUCUAACUUCAUAGAGUAUUACAAACCCCGAGUCAGAGAUGCCGUCGCCGAACUCGCUUCCUCUGACUCGAUCCGACUCGCCGGGUUUGUCAUCGAUAUGUUCUGCACACCCAUGAUUGACAUCGCCGACGAGUUUCACCUCCCUUCCUAUGUCUUUUUCACAUCCGGCGCGGCCUUUCUUGGUUUCAUGCUCCAUCUUCAGUGUUUGCUAGACGGGCGAAAUCAAGACUUGACUGAGUUAAAGGACUCGGAUGCCGAGUUGGCGAUUCCGACUUUUGUCAACCCAGUUCCGACAAAGAUCAUGCCGCUCGUGGCGCUAGAUGAAGGAGCCUCCAAGAUGUUCUUUGACCACGCUCGAAGGUUUCGGGAAACGAAGGGUAUUAUUGUUAAUACGUUCAGGGAGUUGGAACCCUACGCUGUCGGCUCCAUUUUAGAUGAUCCCAAAGUACCACCCGUCUAUCCUGUAGGACCCAUAGUCAAUCUCCACAGCAGUACCAAUCAGAACUUAGAAAUCAUUAAAUGGCUUGAUGAUCAGCCUCCACUGUCAGUAGUGUUCCUGUGUUUUGGGAGCAAGGGAAGCUUUGGGGAGGACCAGGUUAGGGAGAUUGCACAUGGAAUCGAGCGUAGCAGCCACAAGUUCUUAUGGUCCUUGCGUCGACCUCCACCGAAGGAUAAGAUUGAAUUUCCGACCGACUAUACAAAUCCGGAAGAUGUGUUGCCGGAAGGGUUCUUGGAUAGGACUUCCGAUAUGGGAAGGGUGAUUGGGUGGUCCCCGCAAGUGGCGGUCUUGUCCCACCCGGCAAUUGGAGGAUUUGUGUCCCAUUGUGGGUGGAACUCUACCUUGGAAAGUAUCUGGUGUGGUGUGCCUAUGGCUUCGUGGCCGAUUUAUGCAGAACAACAGAUGAACGCCUUUGAAAUGGUGCGAGAGUUGGGAUUGGCUGUAGAGAUUACAUUAGAUUAUAAGAAAGAGAUUAUGCAAGAGGCAAGUCGCAUUGUGAGCGCAGAUGAUAUAGAGAGAGGAAUCAAGUGCGUGAUGGAGUGUGAUAGCGAGAUUAGGAGGAAGGUGCAGCAAAAGAGAGAGGAAAGUAGGAAAGCCCUGGUGGAGGGAGGGUCCUCCUACUCGUCAUUAGGACUUCUCAUUGACAAUGUGAUGAAUAACAUGAAAAGUAAGGUGUAGUAACUCAAAGAUAGAUGGUUUGAAUUUCAAUUACAAUAUCAUAUGAUUAUCAAAUUUAAUUUUAAAUAUUUAUGAAAGAGUAUUAAUUU